CCGGCUUCACAAAGAUGAUCAUGGCAGCUCGGACUAGUCAGAGGACUCUGGCUAGGGUGGCAUCGGGAUGCCGUCCGAAGUCAACCACAGUGACGGAAGCCCGGGUGCGAGGGUCUGCGCGCAACGUCAGGUACUUAGCUCCCUGUGGUAUACUGAUGAACAGAACCCUUGCACCGUGGGCCUCAGUUUUGCCUAAAGAGAUCUGUGCAAGAACCUUCUUCAGAAUCACUACACCAUUAGUAAAUAAGCGAAAGGAGUAUUCAGAGAGAAGAAUUAUAGGGUACUCCAUGCAGGAAAUGUAUGAUGUAGUAUCAGGAAUGGAAGAUUAUAAACAUUUUGUUCCUUGGUGUAAAAAGUCAGAUAUAUUAUCAAGGAGAUCUGGAUAUUGUAAAACCCGAUUAGAAAUUGGGUUUCCCCCUGUUUUGGAGCGAUACACAUCAAUAGUGACCUUGGUAAAACCACAUUUGGUAAAGGCCUCUUGUACUGAUGGGAAACUUUUCAAUCAUCUGGAGACUGUUUGGCGAUUCAGCCCAGGUCUUCCUGGCUAUCCAAGAACAUGUACCUUGGAUUUUUCAAUUUCUUUUGAAUUCCGCUCCCUUCUGCACUCUCAGCUCGCUACACUGUUCUUUGAUGAAGUUGUGAAACAAAUGGUAGCGGCCUUUGAAAGAAGAGCUUGUAAACUGUAUGGUCCAGAGACAAACAUUCCUCGGGAAUUAAUGCUUCAUGAAAUUCACCACACCUGAGAGGAAAACGAGAGCUGCCUCCAUCCAUCUUGACUAGUUUGUUCACUUUUAAGAAGCCAUUUCACCAGCUAUUGAGAAGUCAGACAGCAUUUGUUAAACCUGCCUUGACUCCAAGCCCGCUCCAUUGAAAAUUUAUACAUUGAAUAUGGACUCACUUGUACAUAGAAUCAUUUCUUCAAUCAAGUGUAACUCUAAGUAACGUGUACAUUUGCAGGCUCUGCCUGCCUUUGUAAUAAUGGAUGUCAUCACUGUUGCUAGGAUACCACAUUCCUCAUUUGAGUGCACAGAUGAACAAGUCUUUUAAUUCUCACCUUACAUGAAAGGUUAGCCGAGAUACAAUGUCUGUUAUAUUAACCAUAUCAUGUCUAAGUUAUUAGGUUGAAUAUUUGUAACUUAUUGUUAUUAGGCAUGUCAUACAGUUUAGGGUAUUCGAGUAAUCAUAUAUUUAACAUUAAAACUCAGAUUUAAAGUACUGCCAAUGAGGUCUUAGCACUUUGGGUAUUUUAAAUUGUUCUUAUGGGUCGCAGGAGAUAGUUCAGUGUUGUUGGGAAGUUGUUUGCCAGAUGUACUGAGUGGGGUUUUUGUUUUGUUUGUUUUUGCUUUUUGUUUUAUUUGGUGAGUGGUCCAGAGCUCUGAGCUACUUUUCUAGACAUUUGAAACUUCCUCCCAGGUGCUUUGCACUCUUUGCUGACUGCAUUCAACCUUUUGUGUCACUGUGGGCGACAUACGUAGUUCCCAUGUCUGCAGCACACGCAGGCCAUUCCUAUUUAUUGUGCAUAGUCACUUUCAAUAAUAGUCUGAACUGAUAUUUUUUUAAAAAACAAAUCAGUGUAAGGGCUGAAGUCAUGACUUAAUAAAGUUAAAUUGUUUAUUUUUGUAUA